AUGGGAGCUCGUGCGUUCCGCGGGGGUCGACGUCCGUCGAUGAGGGAAGUUUCCUGUGCAACUGUUCACUGUGCACGCGCGGUGUGCCUGGCGGCCACACGGUGUCGGUUUUCUCGAACGCGUGGCCGGUGUCGCGUUCCGUUAAAACUUGCAGUCUGUGCACUCUUCUUCCUCUCCGAGGUGCUCCUAACUUUCCAUUUCUUUUAUCGUGCCACUGGCGCGUUCGACGGAAACCGGGAAGAUCUCGACGAUUUCCUCCACCGGAGUUUUUUUGCGACCGACUCAUUUCGCAGAAUGGCGCCGACACAGCUGGAACAGUGCGCCAGUCACGGCAAGCUGCUGCAGGAGAAGAAAAAGCUCGAGAAGCUUCAUUUGCGGGACUUGCUCAAGGACGAAGCGCGAAAUGACCUCCUCAUCAGAUCCACUGACCAGGGCGUCUACCUGGACUUUAGCCGCCAGAAAAUAACGCUGGAAACCCUUCAGCAUCUUGUGAAUCUUGCACACGAGCGACAAGUGCCAGCGAUGGUGAAGCGCAUGUUUUCGGGAGAGAAGAUCAACCAGACCGAGAACCGCGCCGUGUUGCAUGUCGCCUUGCGCAUGCCCGAAGGCAGCGAGCCGGUCCACGUCGAUGGCAAAAAUGUUCUGGAUGAAGUGCAUGCAGUGCUGAGACGCAUUCGCGUCUUUUCCGAGAAAGUCCGCAGUGGUGAAAUUCGAGGCCACACUGGGAAGAAACUCGUGAACGUCAUUUCAAUUGGCAUUGGCGGAAGCUACUUGGGGACUGAGUUUGUUCAUCUCGCUCUCGCAGCCGAAGGCUAUGCCGCUGAGAAGGCACACGGCCGUCAGAUUCACUUUUUAGCGAACGUGGACCCGGUCGAUGUGUGGCUUGCCGAGAGAGGCUUCGACCCUGAGGAGACUCUCGUGGUUGUCAUUAGCAAGACGUUCACGACAGCAGAGACGAUGAUGAAUGCUCGCUCUGUUCGGGACUGGUACCUCCACCACUACAAGGGAGAUGAACGCGCGUUGGGUGCGCACUUCUGCGCGGUUAGCACGAACCUGGAUGGCACGAGCAAGUUCGGCAUUCAGUCGGACCGUGUCUUCGGCUUCUGGGACUGGGUGGGCGGGAGGUACUCCGUCACCUCGGCUGUGGGCAUUCUUCCUCUCGCUCUCCAAUACGGCUAUGACGUCGCGCAAGAGUUUCUGAAUGGCGCGCAUGCCAUGGAUGUUCACUUCAAGACGGCCGAGCUGGCAGACAAUCUUCCGAUGCUCAUGGGUCUCAUCAGUGUGUGGAACGCCACUUUCUUCGGCUACUCGAAUGUCGCCGUUCUGCCCUACGCGCAGGCUCUUCUCCGCUUCCCUGCACACAUCCAACAGCUUACCAUGGAGAGCAACGGGAAGCGCGUGACGAUGGAUGGCAAGACCCUGGAUUUCGAUGUGGGCGAAAUUUUCUUUGGAGAGCCGGGCACCAACGGCCAGCACAGUUUCUACCAGCUCAUCCACCAAGGUCGUGUCAUUCCUGCGGAGUUCAUUGGCUUUUGCAAGUCUCAGAGAGCGAUCAAGCUGAAGGAGGAGCCCGUAAGCAACCACGACGAACUGAUGAGCAACUUCUUUGCUCAGCCAGAUGCGCUGGCUUUCGGAAAGACACCCGAAGAACUCCGCAAGGAAGGCAUUCCGGAGAAGCUCGUUCCCCACAAGACCUUCCCUGGCGACCGUCCUUCGUGCAUGCUUCUUUUUCCGGAGAUCUCACCCUUCCAUAUUGGCCAGCUGCUGGCGUUGUACGAGCACCGCGUUGCUGUGGAGGGUUGGCUGUGGGGAAUCAACUCGUUCGAUCAGUGGGGUGUUGAACUUGGAAAGGUCCUCGCCAAGGGCGUCCGUGGCAUCCUCCAGAAGCGUCGUGAGGGCAAGGCACCCCAUGAGUCUGGACAAAGCGAACUCUGCAGCUCGACGAGGAAGAUUUUGGAGCACUACGUGCAGCAGUCGAAGGCUUAAGUUGAGGAGAGAGAACAGCACUCAAGAUCUAAGUUGAGGAGCUUUCUGUUGUCGACAGACCUCCAGUGCUUUUUUUUACUUUUUCGCGCGUAUUCAGGGUGUCAGGGCGGGUGGCUCUACAUUAUUCGUUUAGGUCGGCGGUGUUUGCAGUCUUCGUUUCGUCGAGUCGUCUCUGCGUGCCUCCUGUUUUGUAGAAUUCGAGAAUUCGUUCAGAGCGAUUCAGAGAGUUACUGGCGGUCGUGUCAGACACGCGCGGCCAUUCUCAGCCGUACCAACUCGACGACUCACCUCAGGGACGACGACAAUCUUUCAUGGAGUGUGCGUUUCACCGCGGAAGAGGUGUGUGCUUCUGGAUACAACCUGCCGUUUCUUCCCGCGGAGUUUCGUCUGCUGUGGGUGGAUAUGCAGGAAGAUGCGAGAAAGAGGGAGAAACAGAGAAACUCGCCUUUUUCGCGUCUUCUCGUGGGAAGCAGAGGGAACAGAGUGUUUUUUCUUCCAGAGAGGAGAGACUCCGCAGGGAGAACUCAUUUUUCUCGGAUAGUGAGGCAGAGGAAGAUCUCCAGUUGAUGCCGUAAUGGAGGCUUUUCCCGGAACUGGUUCCGUCCUUUUUUUCUCGAGAAAAACCAUGCUUUCGGUCGGUACCGGAAUUCAGAAAUCGACUUUUGGCCUGGGACCGCCUCAAGGUCACAAGCCGGCAAUGGGGGGGUUUCUCUCCGUCCACACAAGCACAUUUGGGAUUUUCUCGCGUUGCAACUGACAAAUCGUUAUCCCCGACAAAUGAGUUGCAAGGAUCCAGUGCUUUCGUUUUCGCUGCUAUUUUCAGCUGAAACCGACCCCAGUUGUACGCGGCACGAGCGUCUUGACAUGAGAAAAAAGUUUUCUCUCGCUGUUAAUACGAGUGAUUACCC